CUCCCACCCUCUCUCUCCCUCACUGCGAACGGAGAUCCGAGUUUAAAGCGGUAAAAAAAAUACUGCUAAUUUCAAAGCUCUUUCUCUCGAUAAAGAGAUGGAGAACUCCGCGGUGAUCUUAGCAGCGGUUCUCCUUCUCCUCUCGUGCCUUCUCCCAUCAACCCUCGCCGAUCCCGUGCGGUCUGGCAAUGGGAACACGAUUACGGGUCUUGUGAAGGUAGCCGCAGGCACAGGAUCAAAAGGUUUUGGCCUUCCUGCAAAGAUCUCAAACAUUAAAGUCAUACUUAACGGUGGUCAAAGUGUUUCAUUUGUUAGAGCAGAUGGUUACUUCUCCUUCUACAACGUGCCAGCUGGUACUCAUCUGAUUGAAGUGGUUGCACUAGGUUAUUUCUUUUCACCGGUUCGUAUUGAUAUCAGUGCGAGAAACCCUGGUAAUGUUCAGGCAGCAUUAACAGAAAACAGAAGGGCUUUGCAUGAAUUGGUGUUAGAACCCUUAAGAGAAGAACAAUAUUAUGAGAUAAGAGAGCCUUUUUCAAUUAUGUCUCUUUUGAAAAGUCCUAUGGGUCUGAUGAUGGGUUUCAUGUUGCUUAUGGUGUUCGUGAUGCCCAAGAUGAUGGAGAAUAUGGAUCCGGAAGAAAUGAGGAGAGCCCAAGAAGAGAUGAGAAGCCAAGGGGGCCUUGCUGGUAUGCUGACUGGAGCUGCAACCGGAGCUACAAGAAGCAACUAAACAAUUGAAGUUUAUGUGAUCAGAAGUCAAGCCUCAGGUUUGUAGCCAAAAGAUAUCAGUUGCCUUUUCUCCGGAACAUGAUCAAUAUUGCUAACCAGUCAUGCUUCUUUUACUGAUUAAGAUUAGCAGAAAGCUGCAUGAAUCGAGAUUUGUAACUUCUCCCAUAAGUAAGAUUCUUUGUACAUUCAUCAUUCGAAGUGUGAGUUGCAUCUUUUUGCACGUGCUUUAAUUCUUUGUUCUAUGUUCAUAAUCGGGACAAACAAAAAUCAAUAUUGUGUGAUCAAUAUUAUUGCAGUCUGAUAUAUUCUGAUAUCAUAUAUUCA